AUGACUGGUAGCAAGGUCUCGGAAUCAACUCGCGAACGGGAGAUAUUCAAAUAUGACUCGGUCCUUGUCGCCAACUCUAUUCGCAAUGAUGUCGCAAACCUUAUCCCGUCGUCUUCAUUGCGACCAUGCUCGGAUCCUGCCAUGACAGCUCUGGCCCAGGUGGCUCUCUUGAGACUCGGCGCUUCUCGCGCCAUGAUCUCGCUGUUUGACUGUCAGCACCAGCAUAUCAUCGCCGAAGCUACACCUGCGCUUCGCAUAUCUGCUCACGCCAAUCCUCCUAGCUCUGGUUCUGACAGCCUUUGGCUUUGUGGUACUGCAAUACCUCGGAGUUAUGGUAUUUGUGAUCAUGUAUUGGUACCUCGCGAGUCUGGUGGACCACAGCAACCAUCAUUGGCUUCGGAGCUCCCGGUUACAGUGGUAAGCAACCUUGCUGAAAAUGAAGAGUAUCGGGAUACCUGGUACUACAAGGUACGGCCAGAGUACCGGUUCUACGCAGGAGUACCGAUAAGAACCCGUCGAGGUAUCAACAUUGGCGUCUUCUGUAUUCUUGACAACGAACCACGGGAGUCACUUGACGAAGCAUCACAACAAGUCAUGCGAGAUGUUUCAGCAUCUAUCCUAGGACAAAUGGAACUGACACGAUCUGGAGAUGGCAGGCGUCCUGGUGAGCGCAUGGUUCGCGGUUUGGGAAGCUAUGUGGAGGGGAAGACGACCGUGACAGGGUGGGAGAACAGUUCAACGAAUAUCUUCAAUGCCGAUGCAAGCACAGAAGAAGGCUCUCUCAACCAGACGCAACAGAAGAUCCAGAAACAGAGGGACAGUGUCACUGCUACUGCUGAAAUGGAUAGCAUAUCCACGCCAGAUAUUUUUGUUCUUGAAAGCCCUAGUCAGAACAGGCCGACAAGCCCGUUCCAUUCAACUGACAAGCCUCCUAUUUCAGUUCCGACUGGAGAAGAAUCGCGAUCUAACCAGCUGAGCCAAAUCUUCUCUAAAGCGGCAAAUAUCCUACGCGAGUCGAUUGAAGUUGAGGGGGUCCUGUUCUUGGAUGCAGGUGUUGGCUCUUUUGCUGGCAGAAUCCGGUCCGGCUCUUUGCGGCGCGCUAUGUGCCCUGUUCUUGGAUUCUCUACGUCUGUCUCUUCUAGCAUAAAUGGUGAAGCCCCUUCAGGACGCAGUCGGACUAUACCUGAACGACAGCUCCAGAGGCUACUGCGCCGCUAUCCAAAAGGCAAGAUCUUUAAUUUCGAUGGCGACGGAAUGACGGGAUCGAGCGAUCCGACGAGUGAGGACUCGGCUAUGGCUGCUUUCCAGGCCCAGAAAGCUCGGAGCAUUCAAGAAGAACAAAGGGGCGACAAGCAAAAGUCGCGAAAGGUCAACGAUCCGUAUUCACGGAGAAACGAAGGUAUGGCCAUUCGCGAUGUCUUCCCAGGAGCGCGCAGUGUUGCCUUUGUACCUCUAUGGGACUCUCACAGAGAGCGCUGGUUUUCCGGGUGUUUUGUCUAUACAAUGACACCAACCCGCAUCUUUACAGUCCAGGGGGAACUGAGUUACCUUGCCGCUUUCAGUGCAGUCAUCAUGGCAGACGUUGCUAUGAUGGAGAGUUCCAUAGUAUCCUUGGCGACGACAUCUUUACUCAGCUCCCUAUCCCAUGAGCUCCGGUCUCCACUCCACGGCAUUGUUCUGUGUGCCGAGCUGUUGCGUGAUACGGCACUAGAUGUUUUCCAGGGGGAUGUAUUGCGCUCCCUUGAGGUCUGCGGUCGUACACUUCUGGACACGAUCAAUCACUUGCUUGAUUGGACACGCAUCAACAACUUUGUCAAGGUACCCAGUGGACAGUCGCCGAACUCAGGUGUUGCGUUCGUGAGAGGCGCACAGUCUAACUCAAGAAGUAGACCGACGGAUGGGAUGAUGCAUAUCGCUUCGAAUCUGGAUCUCGACAUGUUGGUGGAAGAAGUCGUGGAGUGUAUUCAUGCUGGCCACACCUACCAACAACAAUCACUCGCGCUUGUUCAAGAUGACAAGCCGAAUGAAGAGCUCAAUCGUGAUCCUCUUACCCGCCUUGAUGGUAUGGACGUUGCGGAUAGUGUCAAGGCUGGAGAAAACAUCAGCAACGGAGCUGGUCCUGACGCAGUUCUUGUGAUGUUGGACAUUGACCCGACGGUGGACUGGGCGUUCCAUGUUGAGUCAGGGGCAUUGAGGCGCAUAAUCAUGAAUCUUUGUGGAAACGCCCUCAAGUACACUACACGGGGCUAUGUUAAAGUCUCUGCCUACCAGGAUCCUCCUGGGAAAAGCCGGUCAAAGGCUCGAGUCGUUCAUAUCGAUAUCACCGAUACAGGAGCUGGCAUCGGUCAAGACUAUCUCAACCACCGACUGUUCGCUCCGUUUGCUCAAGAGAAUAUUCAUUCUUCGGGUGCUGGCCUUGGUCUGAGUUUGGUGAGGAAGUUCGUCAGGGCACUUGGAGGCUCUAUACAUGUUCAAAGCAAGGUCGGCACGGGAACUCGCAUUGCGGUAAAACUACCACUAGAAGCUGUCAGUGUUGAUUCGACAGAAACAAUGUCCGAUCGCGAGGAGUUUCAGGCCCAGGCCAUUGAGUUGUCAGGUCUCCGCGUCUGCAUCAACGGUUUCACACCUUUCGUUGGAGGCGGCUCAGAAAGUCAACGCUGGAAUUCUAGGGAAUUUGACGAACGUGCUUUGCUGGAAAAGGUCUGCCGCAAUUGGUUGCGUAUGCAAGUCGUCGACCCCCUCCACAACGCCGAGUAUCUUCCUGACCUGAUACUCUGUGACGAAUCUCAACUUGAAAUGAUAGCAAACCAGCCUCGAGACGAGCUAUCGUCCCCAGUUGUCGUGGUGUGUCGCAGUGCCGCUGUCGCUCGAUCGCUUGACAGGUCACAUAGGUCACAGCACAAGCUCAAUUGGGGAUUAUUCAGUUUCAUAUCGCGCCCUGUGGGACCGAGGAAACUUGGCAAAGCUUUUGUCCUCUGCUUCAGGCGCUGGAUGAAAUUACAAGCAACAGCUGCAGAUCGUGCCAGCGUCUCGACCAGACUCGACGAGCCACCGACUGUAUCGACAGGAGAAACAGAUCUUGUCCAACGUGGGUCCGAUGACAAGGAACGCGGCUAUUUUGAUAUCGCCCCAACGAUGGCUCCUAAGAAGAGAAGGGCGCAUUGGGAUUAUGAUGACGCAGAGACUCCGUUGCCAUCGGUUCCCGCUUUGCAACUACCUCCAACCCCCCAGGAUCAACGGUUCCUUUUGGUGGAAGACAAUGCUAUCAAUAUGAAGAUCUUACAAACAUACAUGAAGAAGCUGGGUGUGGCGUACGACUCGGCCUCGGAUGGACUCCGAGCUCUGGAGUGUUACAAAGCUCAAGAAGGGUGUUACAAGUGUAUUUUGAUGGAUAUUUCCAUGCCGGUAAUGGAUGGGUUUGAGGCUACACGACAAAUUCGAGGGUUCGAGAAGGCCUCUGAUUUGCCACGAAGGCACAUUGUCGCUAUAUCUGGCCUCGCCUCCAAGGAUGCCCAGGAGGAUGCUUUUGCGAACGGACUGGAUCUGUUUCUCUCCAAACCAGUGCAGCUCAAGGAGCUCAGUCGAAUUCUCAAGAGCCGAGGGCUGAUUUAG